AGAGACAGACACACAUACACAGAACGACAACAAGACAUAUCAGGAACUCAGUUUCACAAAUGCAUCGUGUGAAUCGCGUGUUUAGAGUUUUUGGAACCUUUGUUUGUUCGGUGUGAACGCAGCGUUACACAGAACAAUAAGAAUCUGCUCUCGUCUUUCUACAGAUACAGAAAACCAGGACUGAGCUGAAACUGUCUUGUGCCAACACCCUGCUCACUUUCCACAGUUAUUAGCUCAUAGCAGGUUCAUCAGGUUUCACUGCCGCGAUCAGUCCUUUGGGUUGUCAGAAGCAAAGUGCAUGCUGGGACAACGUGGAUGCUGACUCAAAACGCUCCUGAACCGACGUCCUCUGCCUCAUUUAAUUCAGUCCCUGUGUUCCUCGGCCGCUACCUCAAUGCCUCGAUGGAGAGCGUUCUUCAGUCACUACUUGCGAUGGUCCAGCACCGUCACUCAGGCCCUCGUCCUGUCCGUCAUCACGUUUUGCAUUGUUCUGCCUCUGUGCUGCCAUCAGCUGCUUUACUCUUACUUCUUCAUCAAGUCCAUGUACUUGGACUCCAUGAGCGAGGACGUCCUGCGGGACAGUCUCAACCAAGGUCAAGAUGCGCUGCGCUUCUGGCAGAGCGCUUCCACCACAGCAGCAGGCUCUUCUAGGUUCAGCAACAUCGCCCAGCAUCCCGAGCUGCUGGUCACCGUAGUGACAGUCAGGCGGAAGGAAGGACGGGACUUCCACUAUUUGCUCCAAGUGAUGCAGCAGCUGAGCGGCAUUGUGGGAGGCUGUGGGGAGCGGCGGUGUGCAGAGUUGCUGGUCUGUGAUGUGGAAAGCGGUCCCCAGGAAAACCAGGAUGCCAAGCUGCUGGAGAAUCACUUCCGGGUGAUCCGGCGCUCCCCUCAGGAGCAGCAGACAGUCCGAGAACAGAUCAAUACCUUUGAGAGGGAGAAGAGGGAUUACGUCUUCUGUGUCCGCAAGGGAUGGGAGCUGGUGAAGCCCAAAAACAUGGUUGUCCUUGAGGAUGAUGCUUUGCCCAGAGAAGAUUUUUUCAGAGUUGUAAAGGACCUUCUGUCACGUCGCUUUGCCCUGCAGACUCUUUACAUCAAGCUGUAUCACCCUGAGAGGCUGCAGCACUACUGGAACCCUGAGCCUUACCGCAUCCUGGAGUGGGUGGGGCUCGGGCUGGUCGGAGCAACAGCUCUCCUCCUCAGCUUUCCUUACUGGAACCCCUUCUCUUUCUCCUUCACCCUGUCGGUUGGCCAUCUCGUCUUCUUCACCCUUUACUUUAUGGCUGCUGCGGAGCUUCUGGGACGGCACUAUCUCCUGGAGGUGCGGAGACUCUCCCCACAGCUCUACGCCGUUUCCCCGGCCACCGAGUGCUGCACCCCGGCCAUGCUCUACCCCGGCAACGCCUCACUUAGGGUGGCAGAGUAUCUGGAUGGCACGUUCUGUGUCAAGGGGAAUGCCAAAGACAUCGUUCUGUAUCAGAUGGCGAGGACGACCCCUGGGGAAACGUCUCACAGUGUGGAACCCAACCUCAUUACCCACAUCGGGGCCUUUUCCUCUGUCAGGCCCAACCCAUCCAGGCCCAAACUCCUCUGAAAGAACCAGGAGAAAGUUUAUCAGUUUAUCAGAUUCCUCCUUGGUUCUACUCUUCUUUUCUGCCAUGCCACCUUCUGGACUCCUCAGACAUCGUGAGUAGUAGAUUUCGGGGAUUUUCAGGGGAAAAGUUGUCAAGUCAUCAGGAAGAAGUUGGACUAAGUUUGGUGGAAAUUUUUUACAUUUGAAAGUGACAACUUGUGUUUGUCUCAGAAACCUUUUCAGAGUUCGGGGUUGCUGUGGUCGUCGGUGUUACGCAGUGUUCAGUCACACACUGAUUAGAUAAUGUGCCUUUUAAAGUUUUGUUAUAAACUUAUAUCCAUUUUGUAGCAGCCACUUCCAUCAGAGUUUUAUUACAUAACAAGAGGAGAGUUGACCGACAAGACUGUAGCAGAGGAUUCCUGUCAAAACAAAAAGUUAGAGCAUAUACACAUAAAAAUAUUUAUGAUUUGACAGAAGGUAAUGUGACAAUCUGUGUCUGAUGAAGGUGAUGUAGAGGCAACGUCUCCAAUCUGUCCCAGUGAUGCUGGUGAAACUGCAGCAGCCUGAUCAGACAUCGUGCAUCCUCUUGUAGCAGGUUAGCAAAGAACCUAUGAAAGCUAUUUAAAAAGGUUUUGGACAAAAUGGGGACAUCUGGUUUGGAACCAGACAUCAUAUCAUCACGCUGGAGAACUUCUGUGACAUCAGGUUUUCUUCUUUCUCCACCAAGGUUUCCUCUUCGCCUCUGUUUGUUUGUUUAUUUGUUUGUUAGCAGGAUUUUGCACAAACCGCUCAGACGAUUUAUCUGUGUGCAGUUUGGUGCAGAUCUGGAAAAAUCCAGAUCCAGCAAAUUUAAACAUGUUUUCUUUAGGAGACUUUUGGGCCUUGAUUUCUUCAUGAAACUACUUUAAAACCCCUCCGAUGCUGCCUUAACGUUUCAUCACCCACUUUUAAAACUGAACGACAUGUCAGAUGGAAACGCUGAAAGUGGCAAGGUUGUUAGGAUUUCUUCGCCGUUUACUCAGAUCUCGUUAAAACGAUGGGGUUUGAAAGCAUUUAACUCAUUUAUCUCUUCCUUCAGUUGAUCUUUGGUUGAGAGCCAGAAAGAAACGUGUAACAGAAUCUUUCAGACAUCUUUAUCUUCGCUGCUUUCAGAGCACGACCGGAUCACAGCGAAGUGACUAUCUGUCAGUUUAGGAAACAGGAAGUUGUAGUAUGGUUGAGAAACAGUGAACUUUUUUGGACGCAGAGUUCCGACCAAGAUUCAGUGAGAAAGAGGAAGUGGGUUUUUUAUUUUAUAGUCAUAUCUUUGUACAAAGUUUUGAGAAAGUAAGCAGUCGCAUGGUUUUCAGCUGUCACUUUUCUCCAGUUGGAGAAAUGUCCCGCCUGACCUGUGUUUGUUACUUUGCGGUAGAACUCAAAACAUUUUCACUCUCUGCCUCUCAGAUGAUUUGGUUUCGCGAUUCUUCGCUCAGGACGACUUUGCUCACGAGCGACGAGCGUCCUUCGUUUUUCUAGCAAAACAACGUAAUAUUAUGAGCUAACCUUGCUGGUAGGUAAAGAGGGCAUGCAAUAGGUCAAGCUUACCGCCCUCUGCUGGAUCACGAGGCAAACUACCUCAGAUGGUCUGUUGCGUUUCUUGACUGGACAUUUAGAAUUCGAACAGGUCAAUAUGAACUUUUCCCUCACGUUCAAAUAAAAAGUGACAGCCAUGUUUAUUUGCUAAGCUAGGCUAAAUUCUUCUUUAUCCUGUGUCCGACACAGAAAUGAAACUGUUGCCGGACAAAUCUGACUCUGAACGCGUCGGGAAUCAAAAAGAUUAAAACGUCAGACAGUUCACUUAACUUAGCGUCUCGCUAACCGCUCUGAAUGUGCCUUCGAUGUUUCUGACGCUGAACAUUAUAAUGAGAGAAGCGCUGAUUGUGAAAAACUUAAAAAUGUUUAUAAUUAUAAUUUGGCUGAUUGCUGAUGUUUUUUUUAAAAUUUAGUUUGUUAUUUUCAUCAAACUCACACAUUUAUGAAUAAACCUUUAAUAUGGUUAGAGCACCACCAAGUGGACAUUCUAAGGCCCUGCAGCUUUGACCAUUUAACCGUUGCAGAAUUCACACAUUUAAAAAUCAGUCACUGCCAUCGAUGAAUCGCCUUAUUUGAUUUAAAUCAGCGCAUCUCUGAUUAUUAUAAUAUUAUGCAUGACUCAGCUCUGAUUGAAAUUACUCAUAAUGUGUAUUAGAUUUGCACUCGUGUUUAGUAAUGACAUUAAAUGAACUGCUGUAAGAACAACAGGAAGUCGCUGCCAAAGUAAAACCAUCAGGCCUAUGAUCUCCACUGCCAUACAUUAAAUAUAUAUCUAUACAUAUUCCUUUUACUCUCUUAUUCAAAAAACAAACAUGGUUAUAGAUCAUUGCUCGUUGUUUAAAACAAUUAAAAGUAGCUAGCAAAGCAUGUAACACGUUUAAGCAAUUAAAUCCAGAAAGUUUUAAAGAAAGAUGAACGACUUUAACAAUUAUGUGUUUUACACAAUUUUUAUUAACAAACAUUUUAGAGGGAUAUGUAAAGAAAUUAGCUGCUUUGUUUGUUUUCUGGGAGUUCUGCUUCAUAUUUACUGUCAAACAUGAGGAGACAUCGAUCUGGAACUCUAAAAAAUCUGUAUGCUGAAUAUAAGGUGGAAAGUCACUUCUAUCUAUCCUCUUCUAAAUGUUAGAGGGUUAAUUUAUGAUUCUGUUAGAUUAAAUUACAAACGUUUUAACGGAGCACUUUAAAGAUUUUACUGUUGACGAUGAAACAUCCUCUUUGUUAAAGAGCUGCUCGUGAUCAGUUAACGUUUAACAAGCAAUCAAUAUAAAAACUUUGAUUUUGUAAAAUGAAUUAGGAUUAUUUCUGAUUCAACGUUAUUUGCACUUUUUUAAAAACAGAGUCGAACAAACACUGAACAGCCACACUGUUCAAACCACCACCUUAAGGUUUCGCUUGUGUCGUCUAAACAGUUCCGACCUCCGACAGGAAGUGGAGAUGAGUCGACCAUCUUUAUUUAUGUCUUUAUAUACGGUUAUAUACCCCCCAGCCCCCCAGGACCUAUCAUGUUGGAGACGCUCUGACAGCUGGUCACGAUGCCUCUUGUUGAAGUUAUCUCACCCGUCGACAUCGUCUCCUUUAACAAGUUAAUCAGUAUUUUCACUUCAGUGGUUUUAACGUUGUGGCUGAUCCGUGUUUUUUAUUACAAGAACUUAACGCAGAACCAUAAAAGAACAGAAUACUAUCAAAAGUCAAAGUGCUUCUGACACAAACUUAAAUAUAUAUUUGUGUGUGUGUGUCUUAUAAGUUUGAUUUUCACCUCAGUUUUGCCUUUUACUUAUUUUAAGUUUACAACAUUAACGUCGUUUUGGUUUAAGUUUGUUUGUGGUUUUAUUUAUUUUUUUCUGCCAUUUUAUUUCAUUCAGUUAAAUCAGUAUUUAGAUUUAUUUAGAUUUAGAAGAGUUUCUGCUGUUUGUUCAUUCACUGCUGUUGAUGACUUAUCUCAUGCUGGAUGUUAUUUCUCUUAUUCGACACUUUGGCAGAUUUAUGUCUUUCUGAAUCGGAAGAAUCGAUCAGCUGACCAAAGACUGAUGCUCUCUUCAUGUUUGAAUCUGAAAUUUCAAAAUAAAAGCCCUGUAUUGAUUUUACUGAAAUUCAUUCUCUGAGGGAUGAUUAAAUGAAAUAUUUUUUUCCAGGAUCAGAUUUUGAUUUUGAGCUGAAUUUGAACUUUGACAUUGUCCUGAUUAUGACUCUUCCCAUCUUUUCUGUAUUUGAAACACAAUA